AUGUUUGCUAGAGGACCCCCGACCAUCACGCAUCAAGCCAAGUACCCCGCCCCCGCUCCCAAGUACCCGGCAGCCUACAAGCCUGUCGAAGAGUACCCUCCCACUCCGCCCAAGUACAAGUACGGGUACGACGUGGCCGAUCAGUACACCGGUACCGACUUCAGCCAGGAGGAGGCGCGUGACGGGUACCUGACCGAGGGCAGCUACCGCGUGGCUCUGCCUGACGGCCGCAUUCAGACCGUCACCUACAAGUCGGACGGUGACGCCGGCUUCGUGGCCGACGUGCAGUACGAGGGCGAGGCCCAGUACCCCAAGUACGAGCCCAAGCCCGCCCCCAAGUACGCCGCCUACCCGGCGCCUGCCCCCAAGUACCCGACCAACUAGGGCGCAUCCGCGUCCCACCAGACGACCAACUAGGGCGCGUCCGUGUCUCACCAGACGCGUUCACGUCUUUCAGCCCCGAUUGGGGAGAGGUCGGCAGGGAGGUAUCUGUGAUCACUGUGUGUGUGUGUGUGUGUGUGUGUCUCGACGUAUUUAUCUGCUGGUGAUUGAAGCGUAUUGUAAAUAUACAUGUAAUCUUCUGGUGUACCUGGGUAAUCGCUGGGCAGCCGGGCGCGACG